AUGUGCUGGGAAAAACAAAUAAUCUACACAGACUGCCACCACAGCGUCUUUGAAAACGUAUACUGCGCAGACCACAAAUCCCGAAAACUCAACUACGUGUCAAGCUUCACGUCCUCUUCCGUCAACUCGAUUCAGAACCACAACAGAGCACGCCAAAAGCGCAAAAACCCUUCCUGGAUAUUCCUCCUCUGCCCAUGCUUCACCUGUCCCUCCACGCCACCACCACAAGCUCACGAAUCCUUCAAAUCCAGCACCUGCCGCGGAAGAAAACGCUGCCUGAGCCCCGUGGGCGGAAAGUGUCUCCGCUGCGUCCAAGAAAAGGCCGUCGCGGCGAUGCAGGCCGUUCCGUCGACGCCGGCGCCGAGCAGGACGCGGCAGCACCACCACCAGCGUCAGCAGCAGCAGAGACGUCCGGAUUUGAGGGGUACUGGUAGGAAUGAUGCUUACGGUGCUCCAGGAGAUCGGGGGCCAAAGGCCUCGCGGCCAAGGGAGCAUGUGCGUCGGUAUCAGGACCCGGGGACUCCGGAGCGGCCGAGGAGUGGCCGCGAUGGCAACGAGACAAAUCUCCAACCUCACCGUGGUUCAAUAAGCGAUUUCACGAGGCCCGCGCACGGGAAACCUCCCAGCAGCAUCGUCGAAGAGAGAACCAAGGGGCCCAUCAACCCUACCAUCAUCAUCAGCAACGGCCGCAAGAGCAGCGGAUACCGUGGUCCUACAUCUCAUCCUCCCCCCCAACCCUCGCCGAUACCCUCAUGCGUCCGUGAAUCCACGUUCCACCUCCUCCCCGCGCCCCUGAAAAUCAAGAAGAAAACUAUUAAACAAGAGACGUCACUCCGCGCGGCGAAAGGGACGGCCGAGGGAACCGGAGGGCUAACCCGUAGUACCACGCACGCAAGCCGUCCUCUACAAGUGAACGCCACCCAUGAGACAGGAGAAGCACGGAGCAGCCGGGAUCAGCAGCAGGAGGACCACCACCGCCGCGCAGUAGUCAGCAGCAGCCCAGAGCCACGCAUCGAAGGAGCGGGAUGGACCCCUGAGUUGCCACUGGAGGAGCUGAUGGACGAGGUCGAGAUGCUGUGGCGGAGAGUCCCUAAUUAG